GAAUCCAGGGUCCCAGGCCUCGGGCCCUUCCUGCACCCAGACUGAGGCUCCAGGAGCCCAGCCUGCCUGGAGAAGGGGGUGCUGGAGCAGGGGCUAAGACGUGGCCUGCUGCUGACCAGCCUGGGAUUUAUGGAGAGGGCCUCGGGGGCCAGCUCUGAAUACUGCCGUGCCCAACAUCGCCACUGCGCCCGCUGCUGAGGAGGCCCCCGCGCCUCUGGCCCUCACCAUUGCGCUCGCCCGCCGAUGGCCUCUGCUGCCUGGCCCCGGGCCGGCCCCACCGCCUGAGCCCCCUGCCCUGCUCCAGGACUCACUCUACCCCGAUGGGGUAACGUGACGCGUGUGAGAGGCCACCUGUCCGCCACGGCCACCACCUGUGACCCCCACCCCAAGGCCACCAGUGUUGGUUCUGUUCAAGUUCAUUUUUCCUGUCAUCCUUGGGGAUUUGGAGCCCACCUUUGAACAAAGGGGGCUGUUCACCUGCCCACCAAUGCAGAGAGAGCGUCCCCAGCGGUGGGCACAGCGCUGGACGCUGCUGCGGCGGCGGGUUCACUUUCAGCUCUUAGGUUUUCUUUGCUGAGUUUUUUGGUGGUGGUUAUUUUUAUGUUUGCCCCCUUAUAGUUCUCCAGCUCUGAGAGGCAGGAGCUUGGCGUGGCCCGUUUCUACUUUGGAGGGCUCUUUUGCUACUUUCCUUUUUUAAAGAGUUGGGUUUUCUUUUCUAAUUAUCCACACCCGGGCAGCUUCUUCCCCCACUCCCAAGUAUUUGUACAAUAUUUGUGCGGGGUGUGGGGGGCGGGUUUUUAAAAAAUCUUUUCUCUCUCUUGGACACACACAGGGGUCUCGUGCUCCUCAGUUUUUCGGGGGCUGGUGGGGGCUUCUGUGGUCCGUGUCCCCAGCCCUCUCUGCAGCCCCUCCUUGGCCCGGCCCCUGCCCCGUCCCCAGGAGGAGCCAUGGCGCGGAUGAACCGCCCGGCCCCGGUGGAGGUGAGCUACAAGAACAUGCGCUUCCUCAUCACGCACAACCCCACCAAUGCCACCCUCAGCAGCUUCAUCGAGGACCUGAAGAAAUACGGAGCCACCACCGUGGUGCGUGUGUGUGAAGUGACAUAUGACAAGGCCCCGCUGGAGAAGGAUGGCAUCACUGUCGUGGACUGGCCGUUUGAUGAUGGGGCGCCCCCGCCCGGGAAGGUGGUGGAGGACUGGCUGAGCCUGCUGAAGGCCAAGUUCUGCGAGGACCCCGGCAGCUGUGUGGCGGUGCACUGCGUGGCGGGCCUGGGACGGGCUCCGGUCCUCGUGGCACUGGCCCUCAUCGAGAGCGGGAUGAAGUAUGAGGACGCCAUCCAGUUCAUCCGACAGAAGCGUCGUGGAGCCAUCAACAGCAAACAGCUCACCUACCUGGAAAAAUACCGGCCUAAACAGAGACUACGGUUCAAAGACCCCCACACGCACAAGACCAAAUGCUGUGUCAUGUAGCUCAGGAUCUCGGCCAGGCCUGGGCCCACGGUGGCCCGGCCAGCCACCCCACCCAGCAGGGGCUCCGUGCCUGGGCUGGCCUCCGUCUCUGG